AUGCAUAUUCAGCCUAGCAAUCCUUGUUUCCCAGAUAUCGCUUUCGUCGACGCAAAAUGUGAACAUUGUGAUUCAGGGAGCAACACCAAUUCUUUGAAACAGAUGAUAACUUUGUAUGCACUACAUUGGAUUGGUGGCCUCUUGAAAAUGCAACUACAAUCAAUGUCCUUGGGGAAAGGCUGGAAUUUUAAAUUUGCAUUCAAUCCUUUAAGAAUCAAAAUUGGUGGGUCGUUGCAAGAUCAUGUGGUGUACGGAGUAGGAGGAGUUAAGAAUUGCCCCAAUUUCAUCAAAAAUGAAGAUAGUUUAUUUGGAUUCUCUCAGGGCUGCCUUCCCAUGGAAAGAUGGGACCAACUCAAUAAUUUUUUCAAUCAAACUGGAGUAAAGGUUACAUUCGGGUUGAAUGCUCUUCUCGGAAGAAAUCGGUCAGAAAUCGAAAAGGGUCUUUGGGUUGGCGAUUGGCAAUCGCAAAAUGCAGGGGAUUUCAUGAAGUAUACUAUUUCCAAGGGAUACAAAGUUGAUUCUUAUGAAUUUGGAAAUCAACUCUCCGGAGCUGGGAUGGGUGCAAGCGUUGAGGCUGAACAAUAUGGAAAAGACAUAGUAGUACUUAAGAAUCUAGUGAAAGAAUUACACCCAGAUCCAAAAACUCAACCAAAGGUUCUAGGUCCUAGUGGCUAUUAUGAUGAGAAAUGGUUUAAUUCCUUCCUAGAAGUUUCAGGACAUGAUGUUGUUGAUGGAGUUACACACCAUAUCUAUAAUCUUGGACCGGGUGAUGAUCCAAACAUGAUUGCCAAGAUUCAAGAUCCAUCUUACUUAAAUCAAGUUUCCCAAACCUAUAAAGGUGUUUUGAAUAUUGUCAACAAGUUUAAACCGCAGUCGGGAGCUUGGGUUUCUGAAUCUGGCGGAGCUCUCCACGGCGGUACUAAAGAUUUGUCCCCAACUUUUGCUGAUGGAUUUUGGUAUCUUGAUCAAUUGGGAAUGGCUUCUGUUAGAGUAGUAACUAAAGCAGUUGUUAUAACGGUUACUGUUUAA